GAGGCAUCCGCCCGCCGUGCCCGCCCCGGCGCAGCUUGCCCGCGCGGGCCCGCGCGACGCCGGCGCGGGCGCGCUGCUGGCAGCAGGCGCCGUCGGUUCGGCAGCGGCGCUCGCUGGCCUCUCGCGCCGCCGCCGCGGCGGCAGGUCCGGAGGCGACCUGCGGCCGCGGGGGCGAGGGCUCCGGAGCCCGAGCGCGUCGGCCACCGCCGCCGCGGUGUUCGGCCUCGGCGCGCGCGGCGAGGCCGGGCAGGCCGAGCGCGCCGAGGAGGCCGCGCGCGCCCCUGCGGGAGGCGGCCGCCCUGCGCGGGGCGGCCGCCGUGGAGCUGCCGGCCCUCACGGCCGAGGACCUGGAGGCCCUCCGCCGGGGCGGCUCCGUCGCGCGGCAGGAGCGGCGGGGCCGCGAGGGCUCAGGCUUCGCGGUGGUGGACGUCAAGGCUCCGCCGCAGCUCGUGCUGCAGUGCCUGGGCGCCUUCGAGGACUACGACGAGGUGAUCCCCGUGGUCCGGAAGGCCGAGGUGGUGGCUCGGGGCUGGGACGAGGACGGCCGCCCCACGGCCUGCGCGGACUACAGGAUAUCCAAGUUCUGGCUCCCGGUCUCCGCCGUGCACCAGGUGGACCUGGCGGCGGGGGUGGUGCGUUUCGGCUUGGCUCCGGGCCAGGGGCUGCGGGCCGGGCUCGUGCUGAAGGAGGCCUCGGGCUACUGGGUGGUGCAGCCGGGCGCCAACGGGGGCUCGCGCGUGUGGUUCGCGGUGUCGCUCCGGGCCGCGGCGCUGCUGCCGGAGUUCCUGGUGGACUACGCCGCGGGCCGUGCCCUGAGGCGGGCCACGUCCUGGCUCCGCCCGCACGUGGAGGGCCUCUGGGAGCGGAGGGCCCUGCGCCUCGCCAGCACCAUCUUGGAGGAGGCCGUGGACACUCAGAGCAGCCACCCGCUGGUAGCCGCAUGCUGAGGGCCCAGACCGUCCGCUCGCUCCGCGAGUGACGAACAUGUCCAAACGCUACGCGCGGGGCUUUCGCGCAAACUCGCUCUCUGCCGCGGGGCCUCGGAAUCUGGACCGCGUGGCUGUGGCUGUGGACAUGUUUCCCUCCCACGACCAGGAAAUAUUUUAGUCAUCCUCUGCUGCCAGAUGCGCUUUUUCCCCAACGGGACCGCUGCGGCUGCGGCAUACAUACUGGCAAAAGCUGGUCAUUCGUCUGCAGCUGGCCGCGGCGACCUUAGCCGACCCGCUCCUUUUCGUCCUCGUGCAGAGGGAGCUGCCUCCUCCCUUUCCUUUCCCCCUCCCAGCCCGCUGUUGGUGAGCGCACCCCGCACAUUGCACCGCGAGGGGAAAUGUUUUACGCAAAUUGGCGCCUCGAGGUGCGCGUCUUCGCGGCCCGCCGCCCCCCGUCCUGUCUGGAGCCGCCAGCGCCGCCCGCGGCCUGUGCCCGGCGGCCAGUCUUCUCUCGGUGGUUCGAACAUGGGGCCCUAAGGAUACGGUAGGUUCGCGUCGUGUCGACCAGCGGCGACCCCAGCGCGGGCGUUCAAGGUUGAACGCCGGCGGCGGCCCAGAAUCGGUCGAUGUUGAACGAUUGGACGUUGCGGAAAUGGCCGAUCGUUCAAGGUUGAACGAUCCCUGCGGUGUCAAAAACCAACGCCGGGGUCGACACGACACGAACCUGCCGUACUUGGAUCGCCCAGAGGGG